GUCUUCGAAGUUGCCGGCGCGUGGCUGUCUGCUCGGAAGGAGGCAAGUGUGCUUCAGUCCGUGUCGCAUCCCCACAUCGUCAAGCUGAUAGAAGUCUUCGAGAAGGAGCGAUGGCUUUUCCUCGUAAUGGACUACAUCAUUGGUGGCCAGCUCUUCCAGGCCCUUGCGAACCCGCGAACGGCCAUCACCGAAGGCUGCGUGGCCUUGGUGGGAAGCCAACUCCUUCAGGCUUUGCAGCACCUGCACCUACGGCGCAUCAUCCACCGGGACGUCAAGGCAGAGAACAUCCUCCUCUUGGAGGACCCAGCCAAGACGAGGCGGUGGCACAUCAAGCUCAUCGACUUCGGCCUCGCGCAGCGCAUGGAGCAUUCCUCCAGCUUCAUGUUCCGGAUGUGCCAGCAGGAGCCUCCACUGGAGCACCUCGUCUGCGGGACGGCUUACUACUGCGCGCCGGAGGUUUGGUUCCACGACUACUCCCCCAGCGUUGACGUGUGGGCUGCUGGAGUUGUGCUGUACCUGGCCAUCUUCGGCCAAUUUCCGUUCCACGAUCGGAACCAGGCGACUCUGGAGGUCUUAAUCUGCGAGGAGAAUCGAGAGCCCAGCUACAG